AUGGUAUUCUUAAUUACACCGUGUUUUACAACGACAUGUUUGUACUCGGUGGUGCCUCAUCUCUACCCCAGUUUUCAGCCGUUCUCCAACAACAAUAGUCCAAUGGAAACACAGAGGCAGCUUCUCGAAGAGUUAGAUGUCUUGGAGUGGGCUAUAAGUCAACGCUUUAAACGCAAUCCAUUACUUGCCCAAUCAAUUGGCCUUCUGAUAUCCGAUCCGAUUUUCGAUGGUUCUUCUAAGAGAUCACAUAAGGAAACAUUGACGCAGCAACAUGAACUCAAGUAUUUCGCAGACCAGCAUCACGCGAACAGAAUUCGUGUGAUCAAGGGUUUUGAAAGAAAGGAUAUUGAUUUGGACUUGGCCAAGUGGAAAGAUCCCCAACGCAAGUUUGAAUUGCUUUUGCAAUCAAUCAAAGAUGUUGAUCUGCAAAAUUUAGAUCAAGCAAGCCAGACUGACAUCGAUUUAUCCAAACAGUUUGCUAUGUAUCUGAGUGCCCCAAUUGACGAUUCACAUCAGGCAAAAAAGAAGAGAAAAUAUUUCCUCUCAGCAGCAUCGGCACAUAUCAAUGAGGUGAUUGACACAGCUUUUACAGCCUCCGAGAUGUACGGAAGGUAUGUCGAUCUACUGGUAUUCUUUGAGAUGUAUCAAGCUCUUGGGAGUCAAUCAAUAACGUAUCUGGAGUAUCUCAAGACGUUUCUACUCUUUGAAACACCAUUCUCAGGGUCAGACUACCUCAAAUACCUAGAAUCGCUACUUGCAUAUUUAGAAAACUUCUAUCGAAAUAUUCAUCCCUUUCAAAAGAUCGAGUAUCCAGAGUUCUUACCUGUGAUGCCUGAUGAUCAAGUCAUAGCGGAGGGUGUGGCCAAUUCUGAAGGUGGUGUUUAUUGUGAAGCUUGCGAUAAAAUGUUUGCGAAAAACUCUGUUUAUGAGGGACAUCUUAGUGGCAAAAAGCACAAAAAGAACGCUAGCAAAAUCGAUUCAACCCAGUCAUCAAUUCGUGAGCAAAGUUCAGCGAAAGACCAUCAAACCAUUCUCCAGCAAAAACUCAAAUUCAUGGGCGAGAAACUUAAAGAGAUAAUUGAUCAUACGAUCAAUGAUCACCGGCGCCGAGCCGGUCUCUCCGAGAGAGAACGUAUUUUGGAGAUAGUCGCAAUACAGGGGGAUGAAUCUGACUUUACAGAACUUGAAUCAGACUCGGACGGAUCAAACAGUAGCAAUGAAAUGGACGAGGAUAAUUUUUAUGGUAAAGACCUUCCUCUAGGUCCGGAUGGUAUCCCUAUCCCACUUUGGCUUUAUAAGUUACAGGGUCUACAUCGCAGCUACAUGUGUGAAAUAUGUGGAAACAUUUCAUACAAAGGACGUUUACUGUUUAACAAACAUUUUACCCUGGCGAAGCAUAUUCAUGGACUCACCUGUUUGGGAGUUGACGAAGAAGAUGUUGGUCUUUUUUCUAAUAUUCACUCGAUUGAAGAAGCUGAAGAGCUCAGAAAAAAAAUUAAAAGAGCCAAAAGAAGGCGUGAAGAAGUUGAUGAGGAUGCAAUUGAAAUCGAGGAUGAAGAUGGUAACAUCAUGUCUCAAAAAGACUUUUUGGAGCUAAAAAAGCAAGGACUUAUCUAA